AUGAGACUGGCUAUCGAUCCCUUUGACGGGUGGGACUCCAGAGAAGGGAGCGGUGUGGAUCUCUGGAGAUUGUCGAUCGAAUAUGUGGACAUCAGCACUGAACACCUCAUUCGAUUUCUCGAGCUGCAUGGAAGACACCUAACGAUACUCGUCCUCUAUCGGGUUUAUGAUCCUGAAGGGGGCUGGCUAAAAGUCCUCGAACUGCUCAGGGAUAGAAGAAUCUGUCCCAAGGUGCAGCGCGUGAGGCUUGUCGUCGGACGUAUCCUGGUGAAUACCCAGCAAAUCGAAAUGAAUUCAGAUAAGCUGGAAUAUGAUACGGACAACCCCCAGUUGAAUGAUAUAGAUCAGGCAAUCGCUCGCUGCGAGGAAAUGGGAUACUAG